AUGACCUUGUUACCACUGGGUGAUAGUGAAGGUCCUGACUGUCCCCUCCCCCUCUCACCCCUUCUGACACCGCCCCAGCUGGAAGGGGAAGGGGGCCUCAUUACCGCCAGGACUUUACAAACACAAAUACAGACCCUCAUUAGAAGCGACGAUGUGGCUGUGGCUGACACAAAGGCCCCGGAACUCUCGGCACUAGAGAGGCAGAUCUUUGACUUCCUUGGCUUCCAGUGGGCGCCUAUUCUUGGAAACUUUCUACAUAUAAUAGUCGUCAUAUUGGGUUUGUUUGGAACCAUUCAGUAUAGACCUCGAUACAUUGUGGUGUAUACAGUAUGGACUGCCCUCUGGGUCAUCUGGAAUGUGUUCAUUAUCUGCUUUUAUCUGGAAGUAGGUGGACUCUCUAAGGACACAGAUUUAAUGACAUUCAACAUCUCUGUCCACCGGUCAUGGUGGAGGGAACAUGGGCCUGGCUGUGUCCGAAGAGUGCUGCCCCCGUCAGCCCACGGGAUGAUGGACGACUACACGUACGUCUCUGUCACAGGCUGCAUGGUCGACUUCCAGUACCUGGAGGUCAUCCACAGCGCCGUCCAAAUACUACUCUCUUUGAUUGGUUUUGUGUAUGCCUGUUAUGUGAUCAGUAUCUUCAUGGAAGAAGAGGACACCUUUGAUUUCAUAGGAGGACUUGAUACACACUCCUACUACCAAGAUCAUAUUGAGUUAAAGCCUGUUAAACCUGUAAGUAAAGGUGUGAUGAUAUGAAAAAUAUUAAUCCUUCUAACUUGGCCAAAACUAACCAACCCUAAAAUAAUUUGGACCAGCUACUACUAAUCAUUCAUUUAAUAUUCCGCUCAUGUUUUAA